AUGAUGUUGUUUCAUCUGACAUUCUUACUUUUUGUUUCGCUAUCUGCCAUUCAUGGCAAGUAUGUUGAACCACCUACUGGUGAAUACGCUCCACAUUGUCUAAUUGGAGAUCCAAAUGCCAAAAAUGUUUAUCAUGAAGCUGAUUCUUACCAGGUUCCGUGGUUCAACGUUGAUUUGGACGCACCAGCCAAAGAGAGAUUUAAACAUGUUGUUCGUCCGUUCAAAAAUGAGAUUCAAGCAGUUUUCGAUGUCUUAGCUGAUUUCUUGACAAUCAUUCCUGACAUUCCUGUAUGGGAAAUCGUGGGCAACUUUAUGCAGAAGAUGUUUGAUGAAGGACGAAUUAUGCAGCCGUACCGUGAUGAAAUUCAAGGAAUCGCUGACGAAUUACAAUGUAAUCUUGGACAAUUAGCUUUCCUCAAUAUCUUUUAUGAAUUAUCUCGCUUCUGCACAUCAAUCAUUGCUCAAACUCCUGGAAAUAAAGAACUUUACCAUGCUCGGUAUGAUAUUUCAGAAUAA